GUCCGAACAUGCCGGGUGCUGCUUACUCCUGUCCCUUUAGCCUUUAGGGUCUGUUCUCGGACCUUAUAACACGCUUUGUCCGUGAGUUGGUCAACGCCCGUGCCGUUGUUUAAAGUUAGCCCAUUCCUUUCAUAUAACUGGAGACAACCAGUUGUCGCCGGCAUUUAAUCACUCUCAAACAAUGAACUAUAAUUGUUCCCUGAAUCGCGCCAAACUUACUGCUCGCCGACAAUGGGGUUGAAUCCUUCGCUUUUGAACCAUAAAGGUUGACGUUGCCACCUGAUUUUGAACAAGAUUCGAUGCUCUUCAAAGCCAUUCACUCGUUCAUUUUCAGCCCAAAAGCCCUCGAUUCCAACUCAGCCAGUCAUUCUUUUACCAACAAAACCAAAUAUCAAAAUGAUGUUCCUUCACUCGCUUAUCGUCGGCGUCUUCGCCAUUGCCGUCACCGCCGCCCCAGCCCCGACCCCGCAAGGAGACCCCGCGCAAGAUCGCUGCGCCGGCGUCGCUUGCCCCGAAAACUCCUACUGCAAAGUCUUCGAUUUCCGGUUGGAGCACCCCGUCGGUUGCCAAUCCAACGGCACCGUACCAGCCGAUGCAGAGACUUGCGGCUCAGUCAUUUGCCCGACAGGAACAACAUGCUGCAACUCUCCGUGUGGCGUGUGCGCGAAGCCUGGGGAAACAUGCUUGCAAUGGGUCUGCUAAGUGAUGGAAAUCUCGGAUGGGAUGGGAAAUUUUGGGAAGCAAUACCAGGUCAUUGUCAGGAGUUUAGGCGUCCCUUCGAUCAACUUCAAACCUCAACCACAGAACAAUUGAAAAUGAUUCAAGUACCAG